AUGGUUUCGUUUGAUGUGAUAUCUCUUUUCACUAACGUGCCCAUCAAUCUGGUCAUAAGAGACAUUAUUGAAAACUGGGAUGUCAUUAAAAAAGUAACAAAUAUCAAUUUAGAUCUCUUUAUUGAAAUUGUCGAAUUCCUAACUAGCUCUAGUUACUUCAUGUUCCGGACGCAAAUCUACCAACAAAAAUUUGGCACAGCUAUGGGAAGCGCUCUAUCACCUAUCCUGGCUGAUAUAGUUCUCAAUGCACUACUAGACACAAGCAUAAAAAAGUUAGAUUUCCCCGUCAUCACUCUGAAAAAAUAUGUCGACGACCUCUUCUUAAUUCUACCACACGAUAAAAUCCAAUCAACACUCAAAAUCUUCAACGAGUAUGAUGUACAUCUCCAAUUCACUGCUGAAGAAGAAAUCGAUGGUCGACUCCCUUUCCUGGACAUGACGGUUAUCCGAAAUCACGACAACACGUUAGAUACGGAAUGGUACUGCAAACCUAUCUCGUCGGGAAGAAUGCUCAAUUUUCUGUCUUUCCACAACAUGCACCAGAAAAUCAAUGUAGCUGCCAACUUCAUCCAAAGAGUCAUCAAACUGAGCAGCAAUAUGGAAAAAUCAAAACAACAACACAUCGUAUACGAUCUCCUAAAGCGAAACAACUAUCCACCAACACUCAUAAGCCGCCUGUUUCAUCGUAUAAUACAAAACGAAAACCCAAGUCAAAACAAACAACAGGAACCCAAAAUAGAUGCACCAAUAAUAACGCCACAACCAUCACCGCCACCACCAUCACCACCACCUGCCCCGCCACCAGCACCUCCGCCAAUACCACAGCCUCCAAUCAUCGACAAACCCAUCACAUACUUUUCUCUACCACACAUACCGGGUCUAAGUCAUCAAAUCAACAAAGAUCUACGCAAACAAUAUCCAGCGAUCAGAAUUGCCGACAGAAAUACACACACCGUUAAAAUGUUUUUCAGCAAAGUAAAAGAUCCGAUAGAGAAGUCCCAAAUUUACAACUGCGUUUACUCCAUUCCAUGCGAUACGUGCCCUGGGAGAUACGUGGGAAAAACCACCAAUAGCAUGAAACAACGCAUAUAUGGGCACAAAUCAAAUGUGAAUAGUCUUGAGAAGCUGCUAAAGACUGGCCGAGAGUACACCGAUCCAGAAGUCGUACAGCUAGGAGAGAAAACCGCUCUUCUCAAACACUGCAUUAUAUAUAAACAUCGCUUCAAUCUGGAGAAUGUAAACAUCGUUGAUCGCACAUUUAACCCACACACACUAGACAUGCUCGAGUGUUUCCACAUAGCCACCGAACCACAUGCAGUUAACUCACGCAGGGACGUCCAAGGUGUGAGUAUAAUCUACGCGGGACUCCUCUCUAACGCCGAAAUCCGAAAAGGGAAAAAACCACACAAACCCCAUAUCAUCAACAACCAACCCGACCCGACUGAGCCGAACGAAACAUAA